UCGUGUGGUUGGAGAAUAUCCACCUGACACGUCGACCAUUGGGCAUGAAUGCAUUUACGUGGCGACAUCCAAAUUAAGAGAUAAGACAACUUUUUCAAAUGGCAAACAUGCCACAGGAAGGCAUCGUAAAACGAACACCCAACAAGCAAACCUAGAAGAGAGGUGCUGCAUCCUGACAGAAAGCAGGAUCAAGAAUCAUGGCAGGCAUUGAUGACGGGUCCAGUCUGCAUCUGAAAGAUGCCAAAAACACCGUCCCGAGCGAGCAUACAACUUCGGCUGGUGUGCGACAAUGGCUUCUCCGGCACCUCGAGAACCGUAACGUGGAGCUUCCGAACGGGCCUGUCGGUUUCGUCUGUCACUGGAAUGGUGUUGAGCUGCACUCGCUUCACCCGAAUCACCUCUUCGGGUCACUCAUCUCCCAAGGUGUUGUUCCGCAGACAGCCCACCACGUCGUGGGAGACGUAAUGGAAUGUCUACAGGAAUAUCGGGCCAAGCGUUCCUUCUCCUUGGCCGCUGAUCAGGCAUGGGCCCAAUCCUCUGAAUCGGAACUCGGGCCACGGCUGGGGGAUGAAGAGGAGCAGGAUGAACGGCGCAUACUUCUUGGGGGCGAAGGAGAUGGGGAGACGUUCUCAAGGGGGUCUGGGUCGCCGCAGAGUUGGUAUUAUUCACUGGCCGGUUCUCGAGGUGGCUGGCUUGCGGCGGCUGGCGUCUCCAUUCUUACCGGCAUUGGCGUCAUAGCAUGGUGGGUGGCUGGCAGUUCUACUCAGGAGCGGGAAACCGGAAAACAUGAAUUUUUAGUAAAAGGCAGGCAAUGUAGCACUUCAGCAAGCAGUUAAAGUACACAGGUUAAAGAUAUGAUGGUUUAUUCUUCGUAAGGCCGGCGAGCCGCGGUUUUUGAACAGGUAGUUACAAGUUAAUUAAGGUAAUGGAAGUAAAGGAUUCCUAGCAUUCACCCGACAGAAGAUUAAGUGGCUCCAUGCGGUAGGUUGCAAGACCAUCCCAAACGGAAAAUCAAAGUUCAUCCGAAUGUCAUCGGCAUCUAAGCGUCAGAUGGAGUUUUGACUGUCCCCUACCUGCUCAACUGACAAACCCCAAGUCAUCUUUCGUCGAUGAAUUGACCAUCUAGUGAGCUCAGAAACAAUCAGGAGCUUGAUGAGUUGCUCAAGGAUGUCUCUGCUUGAAUUUGAGAGACAGCUUUCAAGACUAGGUUUCAGCGUCUUACUACAAAAGCAUGGGAUUCUUGACUAUUUGACUAGCCUCAACCAACUUUAGAUAGCUGUAUUGUUUAUAAAGCCUGUUAAUAUCCUCUC